AUGACAUCCGGGUCGGAACCUUCUCACAAUGAUUAUACCGUGGCGUGGAUAUGCGCACUCCCAGUGGAGCUGGCGGCUGCCCAAGCCCUUCUGGAUGAGACCCACGAUCAGCUUCCAGCCGGACCGACUGACACGAAUGUUUACACACUAGGGUGCAUAUAUGGCCAUAGAAUUGUCCUCACCUGUUUACCGAGCGGUGUAUGCGGGACGAUCUCCGCAGCUGUUGUCGCGACCCAACUUUUGUCAACUUUCCAUUCCAUCCAAUUCGCCCUCCUAGUCGGUAUUGGCGGAGGCAUACCAACUAAGAAUGCGGAUGUCCGUCUUGGCGACGUAGUCGUUGCAAGACCUACUGACAACAACGGAGGUGUCGUACAAUAUGACUUUGGCAAAGCAACAGCCGCUGGCUUUCAGCGGACAGGCAUGUUGAACAACCCGCCCAGAUCCCUCUUGCAUGCGAUCUCUAAAGUAGAAGCAAACCAUUUGUCACAUGACCGUCAAUUUGUCUCUUUUCUGUCUGAAUUCGAAAGGAGAACGACUGAACAGGGAGCCUUGGCCUUCUCGAGGCCGGUGACGGAAGACCAUCUGUAUCUUGCAGAUUACCAUCAUGCUGGCAUCCGGUCCGAUGGAUGUGCAAAUUGCGAUAAGUCGAUGACGGCUUCACGGCCUGUCCGAUGCGAUGGCUUGCCAGUGGUUCAUUAUGGAUUGAUUGCAUCAGGGAACCAAGUGAUCAAAGACAGUCACGUACGUGACAAGCUAGGGCAGGAGCUUGGGGCGUACUGUGUUGAGAUGGAAGCAGCCGGUUUGAUUAACCAUGUUCCAUGUUUGGUGAUCCGUGGCAUAUGUGACUAUGCUGAUUCACACAAGAAUGACGCAUGGCAUGGAUAUGCUGCCGCUACAGCUGCAGCUUAUGCGAAGGAACUACUUUCCGUAAUGCCAGUUUCGCAACAUAAUAUGGCCGCUUCGAUGGAUACUUCGCAGGAAACUUACCACAUACCAUUUCAACUGACUGACGUACCCACGAUUAGCAACUUUGUCGGUCGGGAUGUAAACCUCCGCAAGCUAUGGGAGAUCCUGCGACCGAAUAAAGUGGCGGCGCGCAAAGGUGUCGUGAUACAUGGAAUGGGUGGGCUGGGCAAAACACAACUAGCAGCCCACUUCGCUCGCAUGCACAAAGAGGACUUCACAUCGAUUUUCUGGCUGCAUGGCAAGGAUGAGACUACCUUGAAUGCGUCAUUUGCAGACCUCGUUGUCCGCGUCAGAGAUAUGGCUGCAUCCGACAGUACGCACCAUCAAUCGAUGCAAGAAGGGCCACCUUUAUGUGCCAAAAGAGCCCUAGAGUGGCUGUCGAAGAAAAAUAACGCUGGGUGGCUUCUCAUCUACGAUGAUGUAGAAGCUUUUGACAUUCAAAGCUGGCUGCCGACUGCAGAUCAUGGCUCGAUCAUCAUCACAACUCGAUCACCGCAACUUGCUGAGGGCAUGAUCGCUCACCCACUCACGCCGCUUCCCUUUGAGGAUGCCUUGCAACUACUCACUGGCGAGCCAGGCCCUAGAGACAGCACAUACGGCAGAUGCCAAAACGACCCAAGCUCCAAAGCACUAGCUAAGCGUUUGCACGGAUUACCUUUAGCACUGGCACUUGCAGGCUCCUAUAUCCACCGGACAGGUAUGAGCUGCUCCAAAUACUUGGAAUACUACCAACGCGAAUGGUGCAGCCUUCAGGCAGCCGCACAACCUCUUCGAGGGUACCCAAACGGAAAUUUGCAGACGGCGUGGAGAGUUUCUUAUGAGGCAGUUAAGCAAACCUCUCCACUGGCGGCACAGACCUUCUUUGUUCUCUCGCUCUUUCAUCACGAGGAUAUAUGGUACGAGCUACUCCACAGCGCCAUGCAAUCCUGCAUUCUACCCUCAGGGCUUUCAGAACUUUUCUCAAACGAGAUCCAAUUCUCAAAGUUGAUGCAGAUAUUGCUGGACUUCUCGCUGGUACAGCAGUCUUCGCGCAACGGGAGUUAUUGCAUACACCCGGUCAUACAAGAUUGGUGUGAGAAUGAGCUUCCGUCUGUCGAUUCGGACCUCGAUGAGCUUAGCAGAGAGACCUUUACCAUUCUCGCAGUCACAGUGGGCUCGAACGCCCAAUUUGCGCUAGACAUGAACGACUGGUCGUUGCAACAGCGCCUUCUGUAUCACGCAAACAGACUCAUGCCAUUGAUACGAGGCAAACCAAGAGAGAGUCGAGAUUCUGGAGUCCUUUCGGCACUUCAUGCGAUUGGGCGCCUGUAUUGGACACAUGGAAGGCACGAACGAGCAGAGCAGAUGUACCAAACGGCACUUGCUGGGAGAGAGAUGGCGUUCGGCCCAGAUCACAGAGUCACUCUCCAGACCGUCCAUAACAUGGGCUUGCUGUACCAUGACCAGGGAGAUUUGAGAUCAGCCGAGCUGAUGUUUGAGCGGGCGCUUUCCGGAUAUAAAAGCACCGAGGUUGAUGAUUCUCAACUGGAGGCGCUGGAUACCCUUCAGAGUCUUGCAAAUAUCUACCAUGCUCAGGGGAGACUGGACGAGGCCGAAAGGGUGUGCUACAAGGCACUGACGGGAUACCGAAGUUUAUCGACAGCAAGCAGUCCAUUGGUCCUGGACGCAAUGCAUAACCUUGCAAACAUCUACUUCUCUCAAUACCGGUUACCCGCAGCAGAAGAGCUGUACGACGAAGCCUUGAGGGGCAAACAGAGAUCUCUUGGUGAAUAUCAUACGUCGACGCUAGACACAAUCCAUAAUAUAGGUGUUGUCUAUUUUGAGCAAGGCCGAGGACAGGAAGCUGAAGAAAUGUGUGAGAGAGCCCUUUCUGGAAGGAUGACAGUAUUUGGGAAAGAUCACUCGUCUGUAUUCGACACGCAAUUCCAACUAGGCACCAUUUAUCGCUCUCAGGGUAAAUUGAAAGCGGCCGAGGAAAUGUACCAACGCGUUUUGUUGGGACGAGAGAAGGUUCUAGGCGCUUGUCACUCCUCGACUCUUCAUACUAUCCACCAUAUUGGAAAUCUCUAUUAUAUGCAAGGCAGGCUGCAGGAAGCGGAGCAGAUGCAAGAACGAGCACUCAACGGCUUUGACCGCACCUUUGGUCAUGACCACACCUAUACACUCGAGUUGGCCCAUACCCUGGCUGUUUUUUGUUGUCAGAGAGGGAAGCUCGAUAAGGCGGAAUCAUUAUUUCAACGCGUUCUGUCCGCCAAAGAGCAGAUCAAUGGGAAGCGCAGUGGACCGGUGCUUGCUAUUCUGAACAACUUAGCAAAUGUAUACCGAGAACAGGGUAGACUCCGGGAAGCAGAAGAGACCUACAAGUUGGUCUUGGCCGAAUGGCGGAAACACAGCCCAACGCAUUCUGCAGCACUCGGUGCUUUGAACAAUCUAGGUGUCGUCCACCAAGACCGGGGCCAACUGAAAGAAGCGGAGAAAAUGUUCAAAGAAUGCCUAAAUGGAUAUGAAAAAAGCCUCGGUCCUAAUCAUGUCCUUACACUGGACGCGGUAUCUAACUUGGGAGACUUGUAUCGGGAUCAGCACAAAGCCCACAGGGCAAAGGAGCUUUACUUGCGCGCUCUUGCCAGCUACGAGGAGACCAUGGGUCCCGACCAUCCGAAAACACGAGAAACCGCAAACAAAGUCCGCUUGGUAUCCAAUCAUCCAAACUCUGCCAAGCGAGAUUUUAUUGCCAGGCUCUGGAAAGGUAGUCGCUGGUGA